UACAGUGCACAGGUCCUCAGAUGCUCAAGUGGAUGUUCAGCACAUGUCACCUCAGUCAUUAAAAUCAUCAGCUCCUGGACAGACAGACAGACAGCCCAACAGCUGGCCUGUCCGACAACAGAAACAGAGCUCAGCGUUAGAUGGGAAGAAGGAUUUAACUUAACUCCAGCCAUGUUGAAACUACGUUUACUAAGAGUGAGGAAUGCCCUGGUGCGAGAGUGCAUGGCUGAAUUCUUGGGGACUUUCGUUCUGCUGCUCUUUGGCUGCGCUGCUGCAGCCCAGGUGAAGACCAGCAGGGAGACUAAAGGCCAGUUUCUGUCAGUCAACAUGGCCUUUUCUGUGGGCGUCAUGUCUGCCAUGUACCUCACCAAGGGCAUCACGGGUGCUCAUCUGAACCCAGCUGUGACUCUGAGUUUCUGUGUGUUAGGCCAGGUGCCCUGGGGAAGGCUUGUGCCCUACUGCCUCUCACAGUUGCUGGGAGCAUAUGUGGCAUCAGGGCUUGUUUACCUGGUGUACUAUGGUUUGUCUUUCUGGCAUCUCAAAUGCUUGUAUCAUCAAUGUCUACACACACUGUUUUGCAUUCUUUUGUUUUGUUUGCCACAUAUCAUUACCUCUGUUUCUAUCUCAGAUGCUAUAAUGGAGUUUAGUGGAGGAGUGCUGACUGUAUAUGGCCCAAAUGAGACAGCAUCCAUAUUUGCUACAUAUCCAACAGAGUACAUGACUCUGGGCAGAAGUUUCCUUGACCAGGUAGUGGGCACUGGCAUGCUGAUGUUGUGCAUCCUGUGUUUGGAUGAAAAGAGAAACUCCCCAGCUCCCACAGAGCUGAUUCCCCCCAUAGUGGCAGUGAUUGUCCUGGGGAUCUCCAUGUCUAUGUCAGCUAACUGCGGCGCUGCGAUAAAUCCUGCUCGGGACCUGGGGCCACGCCUGUUUACACUGACUGCAGGCUGGGGCACUGAGGUGUUCACGUGUUACAACUACUGGUUCUGGGUACCUCUGGUGGCCCCACCUAUCGGAGGUGUGUUAGGUAGUUUAAUGUAUCUGAUCUUCAUCCACUGGCACCUGCCUGACCCAGACCCCCCUGAGAACCACUCCACUCUCUCCACCAUCAGUGAUAAAAUCAAGCAGCCAGCCACCACAUGGGAAAAUGGAAUAGAGCUGAAAGCUGCACAUUUCUAAAUGUUACUGUAAUGACAAAGCUGGGUUUCAGUACUCAGGACCAAUACAGACAGUAAUUCGGUUGUAAAUUAUCCUUGAAAAAGCAGAAGCAAAUGUCUGAGCCAAGCCACUGUUAAGACGCACACACACAUCUUGUGAUCUUCUUUCAGGAAAAUAGCAGGGAUAUCGGUCUUUCUUUGAUCUUACUCAUGAACUUCUUUAGCACAGCUCACAACAACACAUUAGAGGCAGAGGCAGCUGAAAGAGAUACUGAUUGUGAGAUAACAUUGUUUACACUGAUGCCUGUAUUCUUUGGAAUAUUGAUUUAUUCUUAGUAAAUUAUAUUACAAAGUUGUAUUUACUUUUUAAGGAAAUGCCUAAAUGAAUAUUGAGUGUAUGUUAAACUGAUUUAAUAAAGCUUUACUCUGAAAAGCCCUUCAUCAAUUUCACCCUUAAUUAUAAUUUUACUCAACUGAAUUCAACAGU